AUGGACUCAAUGGAAGUCUCUCCCAGUAAUGGGAUUGAAGAGUUCAUUCAGGAGCUGACACAGAAUGAUAGGUUGGGGCCACCUCCUGCACCAGUUUCAGCCAUUAAGGCCUUGGCUACCGUGAUACUCACACCAGUACAUUUGAGCAGUGACUCCUACUGUCCUGUCUACAAGGAUGAGUUUGAGGUCGGUGUGGAAGUGAGAGAGCUGCCUUGCAAACAUUUUUGUCACCCUAAUUGCAUCCUUCGUUGGUUGAACAUCCACAAUACAUGUCCAGUGUGUGGGUACCAGCUAAAAGUUGACGAUGAUUCUGCUCAAAUUGACAAUAUUGCUGAAAAUUUUGGUGGGGAUGAGGUAGCAGAUCAACUUAAUAGGUGGUGGACUCAACUGCAUUCUUUGUGCCCAAUCAGUCUAUUGUCAAAUUGGAGGUCAUGGUACCUCAAUGUCAGAGGCAAUAGAAUAAACUCUUCCUCUGAAGACUGA